AUGUCCCGGUCAGCGAGCGAUGCAACUCGGUUCACGGCCACCGGACCCUACGCCUACUCGAAAUCCUCGAUGUCUUCCCCCGCUUCGUCGUCGAAAUGGUCCGGCCUGAAGGUCAGGUCCUCGCAGCCGUCACAACCAUCUCCCGGCCAGGGAACACAAGAGACUCCCAGAGAAAAGGUUGAACGGCUACGGGCCCAGGCUCGCGCCAAUCGCAUUGCACAGUCGUUUUCUCCAAUGGAUAAGAUAGUAAACAGCGGAAGGACGUGGGCGGAUCGUUUUCACAGGGGAGCGGUUUACUCGCUUAUUGCUGCCUCUGGAAUUGCUGGAGUUUUGACCAUUUAUUCAAUGGCAUCGUUAAUCAUGCACAACCGGCGGCAGCGGGAAUUAUUUAUCGAAAAGGAAUUGGAGAGUCUCUUAGAUGCUAGAAAGGCAUAUGUUGCCGGAACUGCGACUGCACAACAGAUCGAGCUGCUACGGAAAGAAAAGGCCGCGGACGAGGAGAAGCGGAUGCGGGAUGAGGCGAAGAAGCAGACCAUGUUUUAUAAGGCCCGGAGCUGGCUCUUCGAUGGCCCAGAUGCCAUAACGACCACCAGCUCAGACACCGAACCACACACCCAGUCACAACAAAUACCCGAUUUAAGCACAACCCAGACAGCACCUGCUACGCCUGCCGUGCCUACAGAACCUCAAGGGGGCGAAACGGCCAACCCUAACUCCUCGAACUCAAGUUGGUCAAGUUGGAUACGCUGGGGAGGGGCCGGUAAAUAA